CUGUCUCUAUUUGAAUUAGGAAUUCGGAAUAUCUAAUAAUUUUCAUUGAUUUAUUUUAUUUUAUUUUCUUAGAAUGAUUGACGGUCGUGCAAAUGAACUACCCGAUUUUCAGGUUUUUCGGACGGUAAUAAAAUACUGUUUGGUUAUUAUAAUCGUGCCCGUCCUGGCAUUUUUCUUGGCUAAGAUAAUAGUGUUCGAUACUGUCUUAAGAUUGGAACCUGUUUCAAGCAGUGUUUAUUCGGCAGUUAUAGCAGUCAUCGUUCUACAUGUUACUCUAGGGUUAUACAUUUACAGAGCCUAUAGCGAAACUGAAAGGACUCCUUCUAAACCUGUGAAAAAAGAUUAAUUCCAGUAUCAUAUCACAAAUUUUGAACAAUUAACAAUCAUAAUGGACAGUUUAUAUUUAAAAGGAGAAUUACUGCAAGUUCAUACGAAGAAUUCAGAAGUUGUUGAAGGAAGAUUUUACAGUAUGAAUAGUGACAAAUCAAGAAUAUCCUUAUAUAACAUUAAGGAACCCCAAGGCAUUUCAUUAGAUGGUGUAUGUCACUACUAUAAUUCUGAAAUACAAGAUAUAGUAAAGCUUAAGGAUAAAGAAGUACCAAAACAUUUGAAAAUUUCUCAAAAAGAGUGUGAAGAUAUUAUAAAACUUUCUAAGAAAUAUAUCUUCAUCAAUCAGGUUGAUAACAGUUUUCAUGAAGCUCUUGAUGAUUUAAAUCACUAUAGCUAUGUGGGCCUCAGUACUGAUGGUGCAAAUAUGGGAAGAAAGUGCAAAAUGCCUUUCCUUGUAAUGUCUACACCACAAAAAAUAUACAUAUUUGACAUUCAAGUGAUGCAGUAUCAUGCUUUUGAUGCAGGGCUGAAACAACUUUUAGAAAGUGAAUCACCAAAAAAGAUUGUGCAUGACUGCAGAAAAGUCUCUGAUUGUCUGCUACAUAAACAUAAUGUCAAAUUAAAUUCUGUAUUUGACACUCAGGUUGGUGACUUAAUAAUUACCAAGAACAAAAUGGGAUGCUUGCCCACCUCAGUAAAGACUUUAUCAGAGUGCUUGACUUCAUACCUUGGCCUCCAAUCUAACAUCAUUGAAGAAAAGAUUGAUAUAGUACAAAGUACAGAGCGUCCUUUGUCACUUAAAAUCAAGGACACACUUGCUAAGAAUAUAGCAUAUCUUCACCGUCUCUCUGAGAUUAUCAAUGAUGAAAUGUCUCUACCUUUUGUCAGAGGAGUAGAAUGCUAUGUUGAACAUCUUCGAUCAUCCGAUGACUUCAAAGCUUGGGAACUAUGUGGUAAACACAAUCAAAUACCAAAAGAAUUCAAGAAUGCAAUUGAAUAUUAAGUGAGACAUUCCACACAAUGAAAUCAUAGAAAUAGGACUAUUUUUGCACCUUUUUGUUACAAAUUCUCAUAGUAUGGCUUCAAAAAAUCUAUCUAUUAG